AUGGCGAUUUGUCACACUAGUGUUACGUCAGCCUUGUGGUCUAAACCGGUGUUUGGUAAGGGGUAUAAUUCUCAGGUCGUGGCGGGAAACAUUGGUUAUUUCCAGCGCCUUGGCUAUUUGAGGAUUGGAGCGACAGAGCAUCGGAGUGACAGAGGAUCGAAGCGAUACAGCGACAGUGGAUCGGAGCGACAGAGGAUCGGAGCGACAGAGGAUCGGAGCGACAGAGGAUCGGAGCGACAGAGGAUCGGAGCGACAGUGGAUUGGACCGACAGAGUGACAGAGGAUCGGAGCGACAGAGGAUCGGAGCGACAGAGGAUCGGAGCGACAGUGGAUCGGACCGACAGAGGAUCGGAGCGACAGAGGAUCGGAGCGACAGAGGAUCGGAGCGACAGAGGAUCCGAGCGACAGUGGAUUGGACCGACAGAGGAUCGGAGCGACAGAGCGACAGUGGAUUGGAAUCGGAGCGACAGUGGAUCGGAGCGACAGUGGAUUGGAGCGACAGUGGAACGGAGCGACAGUGGAUUGGAGCGACAGAGGAUCGAAGCGACAGAGGAUCGGAGCGACAGAGGAUCGGAGCGACAGAGGAUCGGAGCAACAGAGGAUCGGAGCGACAGAGGAUCGGAGCAACAGUGGAUUGGACCGACAGAGGAUCGGAGCGACAGAGCGACAGUGGAUUGGAGUGACAGAGGAUCGGAGCGACAGUAG